AUGACCAACGGCACCCUGUCCAUGUCCAAGUCCCCACCGUCCAAUGGAAGCUUCACAUUCGGUGGGGAACACAUGCGUAGCGACGGCCAGGUGUACCACACGGUCCACAAGGACUCCGGUCUCUACAAAGACCUGCUCCACAAGAUCCACCUGGGACGGCUGGAGGACGACCGCUCCGCCCCCACGCCAGACAACAACUACCGUCUGCUGCGGCGCAACAACAGCUACACCUGCUACACAGCUGCCAUCUGUGGCGUGCCGGUCCAGCCGCCGCUCCGCUCCGAGUCCCGGGAGGCCCGAGAGGACAGCGAGAAGCUGGUGGGGGAUGGGGAGAGGUCGGGGAGCGUGUCCUACGCCAAGAAGAGGGUCCGUUACGAUAGCUACUCGUCGUACUGUAACGCUGUGGCGGAGGCCGAGAUCGAGGCGGAGGAGGGCGGCGUGGAGAUGAAGCUGGCGUCUGACCUGGGGGGGGGCGAGGAGGCAGCGGCGCCAGGGGCUCCCGUCCCGCUGGAUGACUCGGCGGAAGAGGACGAGGGGGAGAAGGACAAGCCGACCGUCUACCUGCUCUUCCACUUCCUGCAGAUCCUCACCGCGUGCUUCGGAUCCUUCGCUCACGGAGGCAACGACGUCAGGUGGGUGCCGCUCCUCGGCUGACUAGGGUUGCUAAAUUCCUGAAACUUUACCCAGAGUACCCAGGUAUUCCAGAAAUACGUUUAUUUUCUGAGUUUACAGAAUUUUGCAACCCUACAGCUGACUACCAGUCAACGCAACACAAUUACCAUUCAAUGUGUUCACACAACUACAACCUUUGCUAACGUUCACCUCAUAUGCCAUAUAACCCAUAAAACUAGUGUCAAACAGAAAGGAAACUGCCUGACACUGACUUCCCUCUCAAACAGAAAGGAAACUGCCUGCCACUGAAUUCCCUCUCCCGCUGCACUAACUACCAUUCAUCAUAACACAACUACCAUAUCAUGUUAUCCACAAAACGAUGUUAUAAUGAGUUAUUCAUAAAUCUGUCUUUCAACAUCUUCUCCCCCCUGCAGUAAUGCCAUCGGCCCGUUGGUGGCGCUGUGGAUGAUCUAUGACCAAGGCGGGGUGAUGCAGGACGCUGCCACCCCCAUCUGGCUGCUGUUCUACGGGGGCGUGGGCAUCUGCUGCGGCCUCUGGGUGUGGGGGCGCCGGGUGAUCCAGACCAUGGGCAAGGACCUCACCCCCAUCACCCCCUCCAGGUGAGAGGAGGGAGGGAGGGAGGGAGGGAGGGAGGGGGUGGGUGGCUGCAUGUGGCUGGUUGGGUGGGAGGGAAGGAGGGUCCCAUGCAUUUGGAUACACGUACACCGCAUUAAAAUACAGUUCAACAUAACACAACUACUAAUUACAUCACAGAUAAUUCACAGAUAAUCACAGAUACAGUGUCUUGCAAAAGUAUUCAUCCCCCUUGGCGUUUUUCCUAUUUUGUUGCAUUACAACCUGUACUUUAAAUGGAUUUUUAUUUGAUUUCAUUUAAUGGACAUACACAAAAUAGUCCAAAUUGGUGAAGUGAAAUGAAAAAAAUAACUUGUUUCAAAAAAUUCUAAAAAAAUAAAUAACGGAAAAGUGGUGAGUGCAUAUGUAUUCACCCCCUUUGCUAUGAAGCCCCUAAAUAAGAUUUGGUGCAACCAAUUACCUUCAGAAGUCACAUAAUUAGUUAAAUAAAGUCCACCUGUGUGGAAUCUAAGUGUCACAUGAUCUGUCACAUGAUCUCAGUAUAUAUACAUCUGUUCUGAAAGGCCCCAGAGUCUGCAACACCACUAAGCAAGGGGCACCACCAAGCAAGCGGCACCAUGAAGACCAAGGAGCUCUCCAAACAGGUCAGGGACAAAGUUGUGGAGAAGUACAGUUCAGGGUUGGGUUAUAAAAACAUAUCCGAAACUUUGAACAUCCCACGGAGCACCAUUAAAUCCAUUAUUAAAAAAUGGAAAGAAUAUGGCACCACAACAAACCUGCCAAGAGAGGUCUGCCCACAAACUCACAGACCAGGCAAGGAAGUCAUUAAUCAGAGAGGCAACAAACACACCAAAGAUAACCCUGAAGGAGCUGCAAAGCUCCACAGCGGAGAUUGGAGUAUCUGUCCAUAGGACCACUUUAAGCCGUACACUCCACAGAGCUGGGCUUUACGGAAGAGUGGCCAGAAAAAAAGCCAUUGCUUAAAGAAAAAAAAAUAAGCAAACACGUUUGGUGUUCGCCAAAAGGCAUGUGGGAGACUCCCCAAACAUAUGGAAGAAGGUACUCUGGUCAGAUGAGACUAAAAUUGAACUUUUUGGCCAUCAAGGAAAAUGCUAUGUCUGGCGCAAACCCAACACCUCUCAUCACCCCGAGAACACCAUCCUCACAGUGAAGCAUGGUGGUGGCAGCAUCAUGCUGUGGUGAUGUUUUUCAUCGGCAGGGACUGGGAAACUGGUCAGAAUUGAAGGAAUGAUGGAUGGCGCUACAUACAGGAAAAUUCUUGAGGGAAACCUGAGAUUUGAGACUGGGAUGGAGGUUUACCUUCCAGCAGGAAUAGUUAUGCACGCUCAAGUUUUCAGUUUUUUUGUCUUAUUUCUUGUUUGUUUCACAAGAAAAAAUAUUUUGCGUCUUCAAAGUGGUAGGCAUGUUGUGUAAAUCAAAUGAUACAAACCCCCAAAAAAUCAAUUUUAAUUCCAGGUUAUAAUGCAGCAAAAUAGGAAAAAUGCCAAGGGGGGUGAAUACUUUCACAAGCCACUGUAAGUAAACAAAUACACACACUUGCAUCGUGUCCACAGAUUCAUAAACUCACUCAUACACAGAUUCAUAUACUCACUCAUACACAGAUUCAUAAACUCACUCAUACACAAAUUCAUAAACUCACUCAUACACAGAUUCAUAAACUCACUCAUACACAGAUUCAUAUACUCACUCAUCCACAGAUUCAUAUACUCACUCAUCCACAGAUUCAUAUACUCACUCAUCCACAGAUUUAUAAACUCACUCAUACAUAGAUUCAUAAACUCACUCAUACACAGAUUCAUAUACUCACUCAUACACAGAUUCAUAAACUCACUCAUACACAGAUUCAUAAACUCACUCAUCCACAGAUUCAUAAACUCACUCAUCCACAGAUUCAUAUACUCACUCAUCCACAGAUUCAUAUACUCACUCAUCCACAGAUUCAAAUACUCACUCAUCCACAGAUUCAUAUACUCACUCAUACACAGAUUCAUAUGCUCAUUAAUAUAUUUUUCACUGAACAAAAAUAUAAAUGUAUCAUGCAACAUUUUCAAAGAUUUUACUGAGUUACUGUUCAUGUAAGGAAAUCAGUCAAUUGAAAUAAAUUAAUUAGGCCCUAAUCUAUGGAUUUCACAUGACUGGAAUACAGAUGUGCAUCUGUUGGUCACAGAUACAGUACCUUAAAAAAAAAGUAGGGGUGUGGAUCAGAAAACCAGUCAGUAUCUGGUGUGACCACCAUUUGCCUCAUGCAGCGCGACACAUCUCCUUCGCAUAGAGUUGAUCAGACUGUUGAUUGUAGCCUGUGGAAUGUUGUCCCACUCCUCUUCACUGGCUGUGCGAAGUUGCUGGAUAAUGGCGGGAACUGCAACACGCUGUCGUACACGUCGAUCCAGAGCAUCCCAAACAUGCUCAAUGGGUGACAUGUCUGGUGAGUAUGCAGGCCAUGGAAGAACUGGGGCAUUUUCAGCUUCCUGGAAUUGUGUACAUAUCCUUGCGACAUGGGGCCGUGCAUUAUCAUGCUGAAACAUGAGGUGAUGGCGGCAGAUGAGUGGCACAACAAUGGGCCUCAGGAUCUCGUCACGGUAUCUCUGUGCAUUCAAAUUGCCAUCGAUAAAAUGCAAUUGUGUUCAUUGUCCGGAACUUAUGCCUGCCCAUACCAUAACUGCAUUGCCACCAUAGGGCACUCUGUUCACAACGUUGACAUCAGCAAACUGCUCGCCCACACAACGCCAUACUGAACUUGAACCCUGCCAUCUGCCCGGUACAGUUGAAACCGGGAUUCAUCCGUGAAAAGCACACUUCUCCAGCAUGCCAGUGGCCAUCGAAGGUGAGCAUUUGCCCACUGAAGUCGGUUACGAUGCCGAACUGCCGAACUGCAUCCCUGUUGAGGAUGACGAGCACACAGAUGAGUUAACCUGUUCGUGAAUUAUUUUGUUGUGCAAACCCACAGUUUCAUCAGCUGUCUGGGUGACUGGUCUCAGACGAUCCCGCAGGUGAAGAAGCCGGAUGUGGAGGUCCUGGGCUGGCGUGGUUACAUGGGUUACGGUUGUGAGGCCGGUUGGAUGUACUGCCAAAUUCUCUAAAAAGAUUUUGGGGGCGGCUUAUGGUAGAGAAAUGGACAUUCAAUUCUCUGGCAACAGAUCUGGUGGACAUUCCUGCAGUCAGCAUGCCAAUUGCACGCUCCCUCAACUUGAGACAUUUGUGGCAUUGUGUUGUGUGACCUUUUAUUUUCCCCAGCACAAGGUGCACCUGGGUAAUGAUCAUGCUGUUUAAUCAGCUUCUUGAUAUGCCACACCUGUCAGGUGGCUGGAUUGUCGUGGCAAAGGAGAAAUGCUCACUAACAGGGAUGUAAACAAAUUUGUGCACAAAAUUUGAGAGAGAAUUUCUGGGAUCUUUUAUUUCAGAUUAUGAAACAUGGGACCAUCACUUUACAUGUUGCGUUUAUAUUUUGGUUCAGUGUACAUGCACACAGUUGAAAACACUAAAAGGCUCACAGCUUUACACUUUACUGCUGCUUGUUGCAUGCCUGCCUGUCUGUAUCUGCAUGAAGAAGUCUGCAUGACCCUUUCUCCUGAACGGAACCACUCACACACCCCUGUAGGACCACUAGAACCUACUCCUCAACAAGGCUAGAACCCUUCUCUACUCUAGUCUUCCUUGAUCCUCACUAGAACCCUUCUCUACUCUAGUCUUCCUUGAUCCUCACUAGAACCCUUCUCUACUCUAAAACCCUCCUUAAUAGAACCCUACUGAGUGAAAUAUCCUAGUUAUGCUUCUUAGAACCUGACACUACCCUUCUUAGAACUGUGAGACUGCACUAUUCCCCCUCAUUAGAACCCUGCUUCUUAGAACCCCGCCCCCUCACUAGAACCCGUUCCACCUCACUAGAACCUUGCUUCUUAGAACCUUAUCCACCUCACUAGAACCCUGCUUCCUAGAACCUUAUCCACCUCACUAGAACCUGCUUCUUAGAACCCUAUCCACCUCACUAGAACCUGCUUCUUAGAACCCUAUCCACCUCACUAGAACCCUGCUUCUUAGAACCCUAUCCCCCUCACUAGAAUCCUGCUUCUUAGAACCCUAUCCACCUCACUAGAACCUGCUUCUUAGAACCCUACCCCCCUCAUUAGAACUUUCUUCUUAGAACCCUAUCGCCCUCACUAGAAUCCUGCUUCUUAGAACCCUAUCCCCCUCACUAGAAUCCUGCUUCUUAGAACACUAUCCACCUCACUAGAACCCUGCUACUUAGAACCCUAUCCACCUCACUAGAAUCCUGCUUCUUAGAACCCUAUCCACCUCACUAGAAUCCUGCUUCUUAGAACCCCAUCCACCUCAUUAGAACCUGGUCCAGGAUUCUCUGUAGUCGACAGUAAACAAGUGUCUCUUCCUCUUCAACCCAGAAACAUGAAGCAGCCCUAGGACAGCAGAGCUCAUGUUAACCUCACUUUGACCCACAGACAGACACAUUUAACCCUUUGUGUUAUUCCCUAAAGGAGCAGAGAGCUCUGAAGCCUUAGUCCUCCAUCUCCCCCUGUCUCACUCGCUCCCUCGCCGUGUCUCCUCUCUUUCUCUUUCCUGUAUCUCUUCGUACUGCCUCUCUCUCUCUCUCUCUCUCUCUCUCUCUCUCUCUCUCUCUCUCUCAUCUCUCUCCUCUCUCUCUCUCUCUCUCUCUCUCUCUCUCUCUCUCUCUCUCUCUCCUCUCGUCUCUCUCUCUCUCUCUUUCCCCACUCCUUCCCUGUUCUCACACCCUUCUCUUCCAUCAGUGGCCAUCUUUUCUUCUGGGGAUAAAGGACAAUUAGCUGUGGUUAUCUAACUCUCUAAAGACUCUCCUUCCUCUAGUGUCCAUUACCAUAAAUGUUCCUGUCUCCUCAUAGUGUGUGUUAUAUCAACUGGAAAUAAUCAGUGAUUCAGUAGUUUGACACUAUUUGGAGCCGCUCAGUGGGUAGCACUAGUGCCCCUCACACACAAGUAAACAAAACAUGAAGUCAAAAAAUACAACAGAAAAUAUAUAUACAGUGUGUGCGAAUGUAGUAAGUUAUGGAGGUAAGGCAAUAAGUAGGCCAUAGUGCAAAAUAAUUACAAUUUCGUAUAACACUGUAUCACAUAUAACCCUAACCCUAGCCCUCCCUAGUUAGGGUUGUACAGUGAGGGGAAAAAGUAUUUGAUCCCCUGAUGAUUUUGUACAUUUGCCCACUGACAAAGACAUGAUCAGUCUAUAAUUUUAAUGGUAGGUUUAUUUGAACAGUGAGAGACAGAAUAACAACUAAAAAAUCCAGAAAAACGCAUGUCAAAAAUGUUAUAAAUUGAUUUGCAUUUUAAUGAGGGAAAUAAGUAUUUGACCCCCUCUCAAUCAGAAAGAUUUCUGGCUCCCAGGUGUCUUUUAUACAGGUAACGAGCUGAGAUUAGGAGCACACUCUUAAAGGGAGUGCUCCUAAUCUCAGCGUGUUACCUGUAUAAAAGACACCUGUCCACAGAAGCAAUCAAUCAAUCAGAUUCCAAACUCUCCACCAUGGCCAAGACCAAAGAGCUCUCCAAGGAUGUCAGGGACAAGAUUGUAGACCUACACAAGGCUGGAAUGGGCUACAAGACCAUCGCCAAGCAGCUUGGUGAGAAGGUGACAACAGUUGGUGCGAUUAUCCGCAAAUGGAAGAAACACAAAAGAACUGUCAAUCUCCCUCGGCCUGGGGCUCCAUGCAAGAUCUCACCUCGUGGAGUUGCAAUGAUCAUGAGAACGGUGAGGAAUCAGCCCAGAACUACACGGGAGGAUAUUGUCAAUGAUCUCAAGACAGCUGGGACCAUAGUCACCAAGAAAACAAUUGGUAACACACUAUGCCGUGAAGGACUGAAAUCCUGCAGCGCCCGCAAGGUCCCCCUGCUCAAGAAAGCACAUAUACAGGCCCGUCUGAAGUUUGCCAAUGAACAUCUGAAUGAUUCAGAGGAGAACUGGGUGAAAGUGUUGUGGUUAGAUGAGACCAAAAUCGAGCUCUUUGCCAUCAACUCAACUCGCUGUGUUUGGAGGAGGAGGAGGAAUGCUGCCUAUGACCCCAAGAACACCAUCCCCACCGUCAAACAUGGAGGUGGAAACAUUAUGGUUUGGGGGUGUUUUUCUGCUAAGUGGACAGGACAACUUCACCGCAUCAAAAGGACGAUGGACGGGGCCAUGUACCAUCAAAUCUUGGGUGAGAACCUCCUUCCCUCAGCCAGGGCAUUGAAAAUGGGUCGUGGAUGGGUAUUCCAGCAUGACAAUGACCCAAAACACACGGCCAAGGCAACAAAGGAGUGGCUCAAAAAGAAGCACAUUAAGAUCCUGGAGUGGCCUAGCCAGUCUCCAGACCUUAAUCCCAUAGAAAAUCUGUGGAGGGAGCUGAAGGUUCGAGUUGCCAAACGUCAGCCUCGAAACCUUAAUGACUUGGAGAAGAUCUGCAAAGAGGAGUGGGACAAAAUCCCUCCUGAGAUGUGUGCAAACCUGGUGGCCAACUACAAGAAACGUCUGACCUCUGUGAUUGCCAACAAGGGUUUUGCCACCAAGUACUAAAUCAUGUUUUGCAGAGGGGUCAAAUACUUAUUUCCCUCAUUAAAAUGCAAAUCAAUUCAUAACAUUUUUGACAUGCGUUUUUCUGGAUUUAUUUGUUGUUAUUCUGUCUCUCACUGUUCAAAUAAACUUACCAUUAAAAUUAUAGACUGAUCAUUUCUUUGUCAGUGGGCAAACGUACAAAAUCAGCAGGGGAUCAAAUACUUUUUUCCCUUGUACAACCCUAACCCUACCCCCCCCCCCUUCCACAGUAGCACAUGUUGUGUAUCUUGAAACAGCCCCACCCUAACUCCCCCCUCCUAAUCCUGCAUGGAAGUUCUAAUCUGAAGUUUUUUAAAAGGUUAUAUGAUGUUAGUGUGUGUGUGUGUGUGUCUGUCUGUCUGUGAGAGAGACUAUGUUACUUCUAUGAAGGCCUGUGUGUGUGAUGAUGUAAAAAGUCAGGAUUGACGGUUAAGGAUGUCUCUCUAACCCCCCGUCCUCUUCACAGUGGAUUCACUAUAGAGCUGGCUUCAGCACUCACUGUUGUGUUGGCUUCCAAUAUCGGAAUCCCUGUCAGUACCACACACUGCAAGGUACGACCUAGUCUGGAGGACUGGCCUCCCAGCCACACCACACCCUUACACUCACAUGGCAUGUUGUGUUGUGGUUAGGUGUGGUGUGUAGGUGUGGUGUGGUGUGUAGGUGUGGUGUGGUGUGUAGGUGUGUGGUGUGGUGUGUAGGUGUGUGUUUGUGCCCACAGGUGGUGCUGUUUGCUGCAAGCCUCCCAAGGCUGGGCUGCCUCACUCCCCAAAUGCAACCCUCCAACUCCUCCUUUACUUGUCUCACUUCUCUUCUCUGUGUUUUUGUACCCCUCCAUCUAUUUCUCUCUCUCUCUCUCUCUCUCUCUCUCUCUCUCUCUCUCUCUCUCCUCCUCUCUCUCUCUCUCUCUCUCUCUCUCUCUCUCUCUCUCUCUCUCUUUGCUCUCUCUCUUUUGCUCUCUCUCUAUUUUGCUCUCUCUCUAUUUGCUCUCUCUCUAUUUUGCUCUCUCUCUCUCUAUUUUGCUCUCGCUCUCUCUCUCUCUCUCGCUCUCUCUAUUCCAUCUCUUCACAGUGGGUUUUGCGUUGAAGUAAUGAGUGCUCUGUCAGUGCUUGUUGCCUCUAAUGUGGGCAUCCCAAUAAGCUCCACCCACUGCAAGGUAUUGGCAUGCUGGUUGGUUAGUGAAGCCAUGUAGGUCCUCCCAUCAGCUUCACUAGACUGAAUCUGAGCCAAUCACAACUCUCUGAGUUGCAGCUUUGACCUCUUGUGCACUUUCCCUCCGGCGGUGAUUGUGUGGUGGAUAUUUUAAUCAAUAAUGAGGAGAGACAAGGUCAAUCACCAAUCAGAAUAUUAACUUUAUAAAAAAACAUAUCGACAAGGGAGCUGGUCACAAUACCCACACCAAAGUGAAUAGAGUGAGAGCCCAACGAACAGGAAAUGCUGACGUCUUAUAUAGUGGACCUAAAAAUGCUUAGUCAUGGCUGGUUCCACCGCUCCCCGGCAGAUCAGGAGCCACCUUGUUUUCUUCUUGUGGCUAUGUGUAUCGGGUCAUAGCGCACAAACAAGCGAUAACGUUAGUUCCGUCACUGCCCAUAUAUCCACACAGCCGCGCCCUUGGAAGAUAGUAAAAGACAGGAUUAACCUGAAAAACUGUGGUCACUCUGAGGCUCUCUCCGUCUUGGACCAUGUGACCAGGAAGCAACGAGAAAUGGAAACAAUACAGGUCUGUCUGUUCCUCAAGUUGAUCUCUAUCCCGUGUCCUUGACUACACGCCCAGACCAGCUGCAGGGAGCUGGAGGGAACCAUCCUUACGAAAAGCACAGCAUUGGUAGUUACGAAAUGUCUCUACUAUUGUUAGGCAUAUUAAUCGUUAACUAUUAAUAUUAAACGAAUCAGGUAAAUACGUGAUCUUUCUCUCACAAUUGUUGAAGGCGUGAGCGCUCAGAUGAGAUGUCUUAGUCUUACCAUCACACACACAACACUUAGCAGACGUAGUGAAUAUAUAUAUAUAUAUGCAAUAGUUGGCAGAGUUCAAAUAGGUAUGUAGCUAGCCUGCCUGAUAUUGACAUGUUUAAAUGUCAUGCCCAAAUCAUCCCAAGGUCUCUGAAAAUGAUUGUGUAGCUCAAUGGGAUUGUGUAAGUAAUGAAGUUAGUUAUUUCAGUGAAGUCUCAGUUCCUGAUGAAUGAAACGCACCAUGCUAGCCUCCGGCAGACCACUUAUAACACAACUCCCUUCAUUUGAUUAGUCACUGCACUCCAGUCAUCUGUUAUUCAGUGGUUGACUCAGGCCACAUCCUAAAUGGUACCCUAUCCCCUUUAUAGUGCACACUACCUUUGGCUAGCUCCCAUAGGGCUCUGGUCUAAAGUAGUGCACUAUAAGGAAUAGGGUGCCGUUUAGGAGCAUUCUCAGUUAUGCUGUCCAUUCAUGAUACAGACACAUUAGGGAAAGAAAGUCGUGUAUAGCCGCAACUCUGACCCUCUAGAACACCGACUCAACUGCUUCGUUCAACAUUUCAGCAGCAGGUCAGGUCUUGGUCAGCGUUUUCCUUUUAGUUACAUUCAAGCUUUUAUGUAACAUUUUAAAGUUUCAAGUUCAUUUGCCUUGUAUUAAAAUACAUUCAACAUCUGCUAGGGGUGGAAAAUGCACAAGAAACAAAACUGACUUUUCAAUCGAUUUCAAAAUGGCUUAAUUCCCUAAAAUCAACCUGAACUGAUGCUAAACCAUUUCUCUUGAUUUCUCACCUCCUCCUCCUCGACUCCCCUUGGUAGCAGUAGGCCUACUCUUUUUAACAUGCUAACAGCUAGCUAUGUCAGCUGUAUGAUUUCUGAUUGAUUGUGUCCCUGCAAUAUGGUGAUUGGUUGAUUUAUUAAUUUGUUGUUUGAUGUGUCAGGGGCUUAACUGAGAUCAGGGUCGUGUUCAUUAGGGCACGCCGUAGCAAAAUGUUCUGCAACGGAAGAUGAAACUUACCAUUGACAAGUUCAGAUCGUCCCUCCCUCUUUCAGUCUGUUGUCAUCCGUUUGGUGUCUAAUGAACAGGACCCUGUUGGCACUUAGUGACCUCUAUCAAGUCCACUGUAGAGUGGGUUUUGGGUACAGGGUUUUGGGGUCCAUUCCGUUUGAACCCAGUUCAUUAACGAGAAACUCCCUACUCCGUUAUUAAGCUAAUAUAUAACAGAGGGGACACCCUCAACCCUGGUUGGUUAGUCGUGAAGAUGUGCAGUGACUCUGCCGUUCAGUCGGCAUCAAACAAGGGACGCGUUCCAGGCCGACUACAUUGCCUGCCAGAUCUCACAACGCCCCGGAUAGGUAUUUAACAUAUCAGCUAACCACAUCGUAUGAUACAGCAAUCUGAUUAUCUAUUUAACAUAUCAGCUAACCACAUCGUAUGAUACAGCAAUCUGAUUAUCUAUUUAACAUAUCAGCUAACCACAUCGUAUGAUACAGCAAUCUGAUUAUCUAUUUAACAUAUCAGUAAUCACUAACUGUAAGUGGCUCUGGAUAAGAGCGUCUGCUAAAUGACUAAAAUGUAAAAUGUAAAUGUAAUACAGCAAUCUGAUGCCUGACUGCACAGUUGUUGACAUCGCACGCAACCAUCGGUUGAAGCGCUCAACGCCACUGCAAUGUAGUGUGUCUGCAACAGUUUCCAUACUCACAACGUUAAGGUCCCUUAAUCAGAUCAGCUAGGCAAAAGAUCAGAAUUGGGCUGCCAGUGUAAACGCAGCCACAGAUAGUUUAUCUGUGUCAGAGUGGUCUGGAAACAUUGGCAGUCCCUGCUGACCCAGGUCACAUUUAGCUGUUGCUAUCUACAUCACAGGAGGGAGGGAGAGGGAGGGAGGGAGAGGGAGGGAGAGGGAGGGAGGGAGGGGGAGGGGGAGAGGGAGGGGGAGGGAGGGGAGGGAUGGGAGAUCUAUUGUUAGUUUGAUCUAUUAAGUAUUUGAUGAAGACAAGGUGAGUAAAUAUGUUAGAUUAGAUAUGUGUUAUUGUGGAAGCCUGAACUUAGCAGAAGUAUGCACUGAAGGAAACAUACACAAUCACACAUACAUUGACAUUUUAUUGAUUUUGGGUGAAUUCCAUUUUUGGAGGGGGGUGAAAUAUCAAACCAAACUGCAAAUUUCAGACUUCAACGGACUGAUUUGAAGAAAACCUACUAAUAGAAGUGUUCAAAUCAGCUGGCACUACUAACCUAGGAGCUUUAAAAUCUGGUCUUGUCACCAACCAACCCUAGUCCUGCUGGGCUCACAGCAGGCUUUUGUUCUAUCCCUGCACUAACCCACCUGACUCUCAGGUCAGGUCUUGGGCAGUAACUUGUUGCAACGCCUGCACACCCUUCUCCAGGACCAGGUUUGGUGUACCAGGACUACUGGUUGAACUGAUAUAAAUGUAACCCUGACUGUGCUGCUGUUGAUUUGGUUCCUGUUUUGUUUUUCUACCUCUAUGCAUUGCCGUGACGACCAGGUGGGCUCGGUGGUAGCGGUUGGCUGGAUCCGCUCCAAGAAGGCGGUUGAUUGGCGGUUGUUCCGUAAUAUCUUCCUGGCGUGGUUCGUCACGGUGCCGGUGGCGGGGCUGUUCAGCGCCGCGGUCAUGGCCCUGUUCGUCUACGGCAUCCUCCCUUAUGUCUGA